CCCUGUAUGUAUAUUAUCUAUAUUGCCUCUGGCCUUUUCAGUCAACAGCAUACACCUGAGGAAGUAAGGUGUUUACCUAUGAAAGUCUUGCCCCAAUAAACUAAUCUCUAAAGUGCCACAGGCCUCGUCCUUCUCUCUCUCUCUCUCUCUCUCUCUCUCUCUCCUCUUCUUCUUCUUCUCUGCAACAGGCUAUCAUAAUUUCCAUUCUGGAAUUGAAAGGCCCUGGUGCUCCCCUGGUCUCCUCAGGUGACAUCAACAAAGCGGCAGCAAAAUGUCUUAGCUUAGAUUUCUCUCGUCAUGAAUAUUCAGAACUCUCUCAGCUCGGCCUCUCUGUUAGUUCCUGUUUACUUUAGACAGGAGUGGCUGAGUCUCCGGUUAACCUUGACAUAGAGAGAGAGGGAGAGAGAGAAAGGGGCGCAGCACGAACAGGUAUGUUGCACCUCAGCACACCUGAGAUGUGAGAGCCACUUUGCUACUGACUGCCGGAGCCAAGGCUGCUUGUUUUGCCACAGAGACCUGCCUCACUGUCAGGACCUCGUCUCAUCCCUUCUUCAUGUUGGUCUUUUCCCAUAACGGCUGAACUUGCUACUCUGUGAGAGACGAAGUUCAGAAGUCCAAGAGAGCAGGGUGUCGAUUCCUGGCCACCAUGGCGGAAAACAAUUAUAGCUGGUGGAAGCUGACUUUUCUCCGGAAAAAAAAAUCCACCCCCAAAGUAUUGUAUGAAAGCCCAGAUAUCUACGAUGUCACCAACAAUGAGAACCAACAGGAGGGUAUGCUUGCUGACGGGGGAAACAGCGGGAGCAGCGAGCGCGAAUUCAACGCCCGGCUAGAGAAGAUUGUGGACAAGAGCACCAAAGGCAAACACGUCAAAGUCUCUCAUUCAGGGCGCUUCAAGGAAAAGAAGAAAGUAAGGGCCACGUUGUCGGAAAACCCCAAUUUUUUUGCUGACAGCGAACGGGACGAGAAAUAAGGAGGUGGAUGAAAGAGAAACGUUCUCUUCACAUGCCCUCAUUUGAGGGUGUUUCUCUGGCCUGAGAGAAGCGUACGACACAUGCAUUUCAACCCAUUUGCAAAUGAAGUUUAACGAGGGACCAGCUGGGCUUUCGAGAUUGGGUCCUGAUUUUCACUUGAAAAGAAAAGUUUCAGAAGAAGAUGAACUUUAUUAAUGUUAGUAGUCUUUUUUUUAAUUUAAGGAAUAAAGCUAAUAGUAUUUAAAAUGCAAGACAGGAGAAGCCAGAGGAACAGCAGAGAAUGUGUGGUGCAAGGAAUAUAUUCAGAAUUGCUUAACCAGUUACCCCUGGAUACCAUGAGGAACCCUAUCAUCCCAGUGGUGCUAUCAGGGCAGGACUAGGGGUAAGGUUCAGGGCUCCAGUCAGCAAAAUUACACUUACACACACACACACACACACACACACACACACACACACACACACUCUCUCAGUAGGGCUAGCUUACCAUAUUUUGAAGUUAAGAGAAUACAUAUUUACUACCUAUAGAGAAGUACCAUUAAACCAUAAAGUCUAGUUUCAAAAAUUACCAUAGUGUACCACCAUGUGGCCCUCAUAAUUGGGGUGCAAGUCAAGGCAACAUGUUUGCCACCCAAGAUUAGCAUCAGCACAUGGCAUCCUCAGGCAACAGCUGGGACCCCAGCACUCCAGCUGUGCCAAUCAGCGCUGAUGGCUGCCUCAGCCACUGUUUCUUUGGAGGUAGGUUUAUCUGGUUGCAGUGGCUCAGUCUGAGAAGCUGCCCACCACUGAGAAUUUCCCACAAUGCCCCAGAACACUCAGUGUAGCAGAACUUUUUUGGGGGGAUCACCAAUCUUUUUUGGCCAGUAGACACAUCUGGAAUUUUGAGGAAGUGUCAUGGACACAAGUCACAAAACUGGUGCUAUGAGCUAUGAGAGCAUGCCAUGCCUUCCAAAAUACAGGCGCCCCAUUCCAUGAUGAUAAUUUUGCUAUUUAUACCCCACACAUCUUACUGGCAUGCCCCAGCCACUAUGGGCAGCUUCCAACAUACAGUGGUACCUCGGUUUACGAA